CUCCCUCCCUCCCACCCUCUCCCUUCCAGCUUGUCCGGUUGAACCUAGCGAGCCUCAGGGAGGGGAGGAGAGCUCAGCUGCUCCUGCCGAAAGGGGAGACAUGGGAAACGCUCAGAAAAAGCCCCACGGUAGAGGGGAUGGGGGUCCACACAGCGAGACCGGCAACUCCCACCACGGACACCACUGGAGGGGCAAAGGAGGCAGCUCAGACAAGUACAAAGUCAACCACGAGUCCAAGGAAAAGGUGGCCAACGGGACGGGAAAGAGAGGCUCGACAGCUUCGGUCCAGGCUGAUCAGAGCAGCAGGACUUCAGCAAACACGGGAGGAGAAACUGUCAACCUUGAUGCCCCAUGUGGAGCCCUGCCCCCACCUCUGGCUCGACUAAAGAACGAAGGAAACCUGUUCUUUAAAAAUGGACAGUUUGCUGAUGCACUGGAGAAAUACUCACAAGCCAUUCAAGGCUACUCAGAGUCAGGGAUCGACAGUCCAGAGGAUCUGUGUAUUCUGUAUUCUAACAGAGCUGCGUGUUACUUGAAAGAUGGCAACAGCCAAGACUGCAUACAGGACUGCACAAAAGCCCUGGAGCUGCAGCCUUAUUCCCUCAAGCCCCUCCUGCGCCGGGCCAUGGCUUAUGAGUCUCUGGAGCGCUACCGUAAGGCCUACGUGGAUUACAAGACUGUCCUGCAGAUAGAUAUCGGCGUGCAGGCGGCACAAGACAGCGUCAACAGAAUCACGCGGCUGUUGAUUGAACAGGACGGUGCGGAGUGGAGAGACAAACUCCCAGAGAUCCCCCUGGUUCCUCUGUCAGCUCAGCAGCAUCGCAAACAGGAGCCACUCAGCGAGGAGGCCCUUCAGGCCCGAGCAGAGAAGGCUGCCAGAGACGCAGAAAGGAAAGCAGAAGUCCGUUUUGCAGCACUGAAGCAAGAAGGGAAUGACUCUGUGAAGCAGGGACAGUACGAAAACGCUGUGGGGAAGUACAGCGAAUGCCUUAAGCUGAAGCCGCAAGAAUGUGCUAUCUACACAAACAGAGCUCUGUGCUACUUGAAGCUGGAGAGGUUUAGUGAGGCCAAACAGGACUGUGACGCAGCACUGAAAAUGGAGCCAACCAAUAAGAAAGCCUUCUACAGACGAGCCAUGGCCAAUAAAGGCCUCAAGGACUACUUGGCGUGUAGCGCCGACCUGCAGGAGGUGCUGCAGCAGGACCCCAAUGUGCAGGAGGCAGAGAAGGAGCUGCAGGAGGUCACGGUACUGCUCAGACAAAGCCUCGCCAACGCUUCACCGGCCAAAGCCAGGAAGACCGUCCCCAUCACAGAGGUUGAUGGUGAUGAGGAAACGGCAGGGGCUCCAACGUCACAGAGCAGCUGCAGAGAAGAAGACAUCUCCAUCAACCUCCAUCCCACCAAUCCCUACGAGUUCGGCCAAGCUCUGAACGCCGCGCGCUGCAGCGGGAACACGGCGGCGUGCGCUGACCUGCUGGCGUCCACAGAUCCGCAGACGCUGCCUCAGUUCCUGAGCACCCACCUGGACGGACAAACCAUCAGCUUCAUCAUGGAGGCGCUGGACUUCCACCUUCUGCAGAAAAACCCCAACCUGGUGUAUGAGCACCUCAACCACCUGCACACCGCCGACAGGUUCUCGGUCUCGCUGAUGCUGCUGGAGAAGGACGAGCGCCGCCGCAUGACUCAGCUGUUCGAGCAUCUGUCGGCCGUAGAGAGCGCCGAGUUCACCCAGAACGACGUCCAGAACCUGGCCAACAUGUACAUCUGACCCCACCCCCCCCCAUCCCAUCCCAUCCCACCCCGGCCCCCACUGCAUGAGCUACUGUACCACUACACCUCUCGGAUCUAUGCAAAACAGCGCACAAGAACUGAGCACACAAAGGCAGGAAGCAGCAGAAUGAGUCCCAGAGCAGGACGAAGGAACUGACUCACAUCCAUCUACUGGAGUCUGAAGGAAAACUAGAAGGACUUUUUUUUUUUCUCUCUCUCUCCAGAACAUUUUGCUAUGCAGAUUUACUUUUGUACCACCACCAAACACUUCUCUUCCGUUGCGUAACAGGCAGACGAUGCGACACUAUGGACCUUUCACUUCACCGUAAAAUAAAAGAAGUCCAACGUCCAGCGUUACAUAAGAACACAAACCAGUCUUUCCCUCACACUUAGAUUUACUCAAGUUCAGCUCUGGUCAUUGAACCCUGUCCAUAAUUCAGAUCAGAUAUUAAACUCAGAGCUCGCUUAUAAUAGACAA